AUGUCGUUAAUAGAUGAGUUCAAUGAACAGUCCAACGAAGCCAUACCUCCCUCUUAUGGCGGAGCGGUCAACGCUUUUCUCUUGGACACUGGCUUCGAACCCUCAGACCCUGUCAUGCUAGAGACAGGCUUUGUAAGCACGGGUCUAUCAGAGGAUGACUCGCGAAUAUUUACUCUAGAUAGAGUUCAGUUUCAGUUUCCUGCUGCGUUGGUUGCUAUGACGGUAUCUAACGAAGUGCUCAUUAUGGCAUUAGAGACCAAUCAUAUUUUAAGAAUAGACUUACAGCAAGCUCAUGAUGUAGAAGAUAUUGAAAUACCAAAAAAGCCCGGCGAAGUGAAGAUCUAUAAAAUUUUCUUGGAUCCCACCGGUCGGCAUCUCCUAAUCACGACUGAACAAGGCGAAAAUUUUUAUUUAUUUAAAAAAUGGAAAAAGGCCAAACCACUUUCGAAAUUAAAAGGAAUUAUAAUCGAAUCAGUCGCGUGGAACAAAUUUAACGGCGUCGCCUCAGACAUUUCGACAAAAAAGAUACUGGUCGGUAGUAGAAACGGAUUUAUUUUUGAAAUAGAAAUCGAGCCUACUGAAGAAUAUUUCAAAAAAGAAGAAAAAUUUUGCAAACAAGUAUACUCAAUACAUGAAAAUAUGCCAAUCACAGGACUUCGAUUCGAACAAUUCCAAUUCCCUACAAAUUCUCGAAAAUAUUUUAUCGUGGCCACUACACCGACACGGAUAUAUCAGUUUAUUGGGAAUGCGAAUCCUAAUGCAGAUUUUGACGGUGGAUCAAUGUUUGAGAAUUUAUUCUCGAAAUACGAGGUGAACCCAGGUUUCCAAGAACUACCUGGAGAUCUGUCUUAUAGUGAACUGCACUUCUUCACUCCUUUCCAAGAUUUACAAUACCAAGGCUCCCCGAAAAAUUUUGCGUGGUUAACUGGACCAGGAAUAUAUCACGGAAGUCUGGUGUUUGGCUCCCAAGGUGUUGGCGAUAGUGUCAUCGACAGUGCGCAGUUGUUGCCUUAUCCUGCUACUCCUUCAGAAAUUGAUCCCUCAGUCUUAGUAUCGGAAAUUCCAUUAUCUAUAACACUUACUGAAUUUCAUUUCAUACUGCUUUAUAAGGAUCGCAUAAGAGCAAUCUGUCAAUUGAACGAUCAAAUCGUAUACGAAGAUUUUAUUCCGCUAAAAGCAAAUGAAGAAGUUCGAACAAUGACAGUUGAUACGGUCAAAAAUACAUUUUGGGUAUAUACCGAUUCGUCAAUUUUUGAGCUUAUUAUUACGAAAGAAGAUAGAGAUGUCUGGAAACUUUAUCUUGAUAAGCAAAUGUUUGAUACUGCAUUGACGUAUUGCAAGAAUAAUCCAGCUCAACGGGAUAAAGUACUCACCACUCAAGCCGAUUAUUACUUUUCGCAAGGCCGAUUUAUCCUUUCUGCCAAUUAUUAUGCACAAUCAACGGUUCCUUUUGAGGAGGUAGCACUGAAGUUUGUUGAGCGAGAUGAACGAGAUGCUCUUCGAGACUAUCUAAUGAAUAAGCUUGAGAAACUUAGACGCAUAGAUUUAACGCAAAAAACUAUGAUUGCUACAUGGCUUGUAGAAAUUUUCUUGAGUAAAAUAAAUCUUUUGGAAGAUAUAGUUGCUUCGGGUACUCUAUCUGAAGAUUCGGAUAGUGAAUUAAAUAGUCCCCACGAACAAGAAAAACGUCUUACCGAGCAAAAUGAGAAAACUGAACAACAAUUGCUAGUAGACGGUUUCAAAACUUUCCUUCAAACAUACAAGGCAAAUUUAGACAAACGUACUACAUAUAAUCUUAUUGCAAGUCAUGGGCGCACCGAAGAAUUAUUGUAUUAUGCCACGUUAAUUGGAGAUCACGAAAAAGUCAUAUCCCACUGGAUCGCUGAGAAGGAUUACAAACAAGCACUUGAAGUGCUCAGCAAGCAGGGUUCGGUCGAUAUAUUCUAUAAAUUUGCACCUGUUCUUAUGGAAAAUGCACCUUAUGAAACAGUUAGCGUUUUAAUGCGUCAAACUGAACUCGAUCCGCGACAUUUGAUGCCUGCUUUGCUAAAAUACGAUUAUUCAAAGUCCUCAGAAAAUAUUAGUACGAACCAAGCAAUAAGAUACUUGCAAUAUGUGGUUCAACAAACAAACAACGUAGAUCCAGCAAUUCACAAUUUCCUCUUAACGCUAUACGCAACGCAGCAUACAACCGACGAAUCUGAUUUGCUAAAGUUUUUGGCAACAGAAGGUCGUGAGCCCCAUUAUAAUUUAGACUAUGCACUUCGACUUUGUACCCAAAAUGGAAGAAUGCAGAGCUGUGUACAUAUCUACAGUAAUAUGGGACUUUAUGAAGAGGCUGUUGAUCUGGCACUAAAGCACGGAGAUUUAGAGCUGGCAAGAAUCAAUGCUGAUAAACCAGAAGACGACGAAGCUCUUCGAAAAAAGCUUUGGCUAAAAAUUGCACGACAUGUAGUCGAAAAAGAAGACAUUAAAACGGCAAUGAAUUAUUUACAGCACUGUGAAUUGUUAAAGAUUGAAGAUAUUUUACCAUUCUUUCCCGAUUUUGUCCUCAUUGAUGAAUUUAAAGAUGAAAUUAUCGCUGCACUUGAAGAGUAUAAUAACCAUAUCAAUAAUCUCAAGGCUGAUAUGGAAGAAGCGACCAAGAGUGCUGAAAGCAUAAGACUUGAUAUCAGGGAGCUACGAUGUCGGUUCGCGACCGUUUCUACAAGUGAAAAAUGUUCUUUAUGUGAUUUCCCUUUACUUAUUCGACAAUUUUACGUGUUUCCUUGUCAGCAUGCGUUUCAUACUGAUUGCCUUAUCAAUCGAGUCACAAAGUAUUUCAAUACGCGACAACUUCGUCGUAUUCUUGAUCUUCAAGAGCAAAUAGCCCGACUUAUAAUGCCUGAUAAUGCAGCCACACCGGGAGACGAUGUUGUCGUCAUUGUGCCAAAAGUUGAUCAGCUGAAGGACGAAUUGGACGAUUUGGUUGCAUCUGAAUGUAUUUUGUGUGGUGAUAUUAUGAUCAAAAGUAUUGAGCAGCCAUUCAUUAAUGAUGAAGAAAGCGAUUUACUCGCAUCUUGGACUGCCAAACUUUUUCUUACACAUUCCUCGUUCCUUACUCCCAAUUCUCGACAUGAAAAGUUUAUUUUGGACCAUCCAUUUAACCACCAAGUUGAACUUUUCUUACCAGGCGACAUUUCACUGCAACAAGCACAAUUCUUUUCACACAAAGGGUUCUAUUAUCGAGCUGAACUUCCAUUAACUUAUUUUAUUGACAAAUCUUUUGUUCAAGAGUACAUAGCAACCGGCGAAGUUAUUGCUUUAAGCCUGAGUGAAGGCAUUGAUAUUGCGAAUGUUUUUGCUUUAGAUGGAAAAGGAAACUUGGUUCUGCAUUUAACCAAAGAUACGUAUGAAGAACUUGGUAUAACGGGAAAGCCGGCUAAAUUUGGACCAAAACGUCAGCGAUAUGUGGUGACGAUUGAUGUGCUUGCAGAUUCAAUGGUCCCCGGGAAAAAGGGAUACGAAAGAAUCAAAUGGUGUUUUGAACACACACUAUCUGGGAGUUUUCCCUUUCUCAUUUCAUAUGUGAAUGUUGCUGAUAGGAAAUCUCGUGAAAUUACUUUCCCUGGCACGAUCAAAACACAAAAGAUCCUUUUGAAUGAAUCAUUAUCCAGACUAGAAAAUAUUCUUACACCAGAUUUAGAUUCCAUAAAGCCGACAACGCAUAAAGAGACAUGGACAUCCGAUGCAAUAGAAAUAUAUGAUUGGAUUGGGAUGAUCUCUAUUAAUGCACAAAGGAUUCAUGAACAAGAUUCUGUUGAUCCAUACAUAUCAACUUAUCGACCACCCGAACCUUAUUCUAGUCAGAAUGGGAUUUUUGUGCGUUGGACUGGAUUUGUUUCUGCGUUUGUGGCUUCCAAGACUCGCCAAUCUCUUGGCGACCCCAUGAACAUGGGUACUUUAUGA